GCACCCUCUGUCGCCCCCAGUUGGGAACAAAUACCAUUUAACUUCAUCACGUGAUGAGUGGGGAUGUAAUAGAUGCCGCUCGAUUGCAUGCGCUUUGAAAUCGAUUCUCGAUCAAUCGAAUCGUUUAUGUCUCGUGGAGAGAGUUAUGGGAGUGGAAUGGUUUGGAGGUUAGGAAAUUGAUACCGCAAUGUGAAAGAAAAUUCUUACACAGUGAGAAUCGUGACAUAUUUUCAGUGAUAAUAUAAUAGAUUUAAUUUUUUGUACAAUAUGAAUAAUCAAGUAAACGGCAUCGGAAAUGAGGAAGUAGCCGUACCUAUGGAGAAGAAAAAGUUUCAUUUAAUCGAGGAUGGCGUGAAGAAAGAAUUUCCAGCUUUGCACAGGAAAUGGGUGGUGGACCGCUAUUACCUUCCAUAUUGUCCUCCUCCACAGAAAGUGGAUGGCUCCUUUGUUUUGGGUGCUAAAGAAAACUGGCUGGAACAAAUUGGAAUAUUCUGUCAGGAUAUGAAAUGGCUUUUGCAAUUACAGCAACACCAGUUUUGGUCUCAAGCAUUGUAUGAUAAUAGUACAAUGGCUGCAGUUGUUUCUUUCUUGCAAGAAGCAGUGCCUUACCAUGCAUUGAAUGAUUUUCCAAACGAUGAAGAAAUGUGGCAGGCAUAUGAGGAGGCUUAUAGACUUGUUUUCCUUGUUAUUUGUAGGUUGGCCACUAACGAAGAAUCUAAGGUUUUCCAAAGUGUAAGCCAGUGUGUUGGCUUAAAAAUGCCUUUGGAUUCUGAACCUGAAAGAAUUACAGCCCGUGAGGGACAAUUGACAUCUGCUGUUCUUUCUGAUGUUAUUUUGCACAUCCUUGACACUACUUGUACACUUUCUGUUUUGACUGAUGUGUUUUUACCUGCUAGUAAGAUAUUUCAUCAAAAUAAUUUUGAAGUUAAAUUGGUUUGGUUUUAUGAAAAUGUAAUACCAGAAUUAUAUAACAAAUUAGAAAUGCUAAUUAAUGUGGAUGAAGAACCAGUAUUAUUUAUUUCUCUCAAAAAUAAACUGGAUUUGACCAGAGUUGAGCUAUUGAAAAUAUUUCGAAAUACUUUGUUUUGCAACAUCAAUUCUGCUAUUGAAAGCGGUGAUUCAAGUGAAGUGAUGAAUAGUGUAGAUGACUAUGUAACAAUUCUAACAGAAUGCCUUGCUGAAAAAUUAUUUGUGAGUGACUAUCAUAGGAAGUUCAGUGUUGCUCAAGACUUGGACUUGUUAGCCCAGCUUACACCAGACAUGGAUGCUGAUAAAAGAAGCUAUAUUUUGGAAGCAGUUAUUGACUCCGUGGAGAGUAAUGAUGAAGUUAAUUUCCCACCUCCGCCCUCUCUGCAAUUGCCCUCAAGAUUUGGAGGCUUUGGAAAUCAAAGCCAUCAAACUGAAAAUGGUCAGCCUUCAACAUCUAGUUCUAAUAUACAGGAAAAUGCUUCAGCAAGUCAGUUACCUGUGAAGAAAGUGACAGGUAUUAAAUUGGACUCGCUUAUUUCUCAAGUGAAAGACAUUCUACCUCAUUUAGGUGAUGGAUUUAUUGAACAAUGUCUUGAACACUACAACUAUGUGACUGAGGAUGUAAUAAAUGCUAUUCUUGAGUCAAAACUUCCUCCUCAUUUAAGUGAAAUGGAUCAAGAUUUGCCAAGAAUUCCUCCAGAGAAGGAGCCAUCUGUACCUACAGUUGAGAUAAGUAUUGUAUCUGAUGAAGAAGAAGAACCCAAAUUUGCUGAGGCUCAUAAGGGAAAGAGGAAAGGUAUGUAUCGUGAUGUAAUGAUGCUGUUAAAUGAUAAAACUCACCGGGAGGAUAUGAGAGAAUUUUAUUCUCCAUUUAGCUUAUAUGAAGAUGAAUAUGAUGAUACAUAUGAUGAUCGAUUGGAUGUCACUCUGGGCGAUGAUGAUGAUCCUGAAAGGAACAACAACACUGCCCAAGAAAACCAUUCCCGUGCUGCUGCUGCUGCUUCUGCCUCUGAAGAUGAAGAGGAUUCAGAUGAAGGACCUUCAGCAGAUCAUUUUGUAAUGAAUCCUGAAAGAGUUCGUGCUCUUCAAGAACAACGCAGAUUAGCAAGAGGGCAUCGUGGACCUCCCAGAAGGGAUGUUGUUGGAAAACCAAAAGGCCAAGGACAAGAUAAGAACGUCGUUAUUAAUCGUAAUCAGAAGAAUACACAUAAGGCACAACAUGGUAAUCACAACCGCCGGAGAGGUGCACAACGGAAGCUUGCACAAGGAAUGAUUCCAUCAUAAUGAUGCUGUUUGCAAGAAAAUUACAUUUUUUAAAAAUUGUCUUUGUUAAUUGUAAAUGACUAUAAAUAAAAGUUAAAUAUAUUAUUUAUUAUAUUUGAGUUUCGUGUAUUUUAUAUUUCCAGUGUGUUUCUUUUUGUAACAUAUUCAGUUACAUUACAUACAUUAGGUACAUUACUGCUUCAAAAAGAAAA